AGGAACUUGGAGGAGGAGUUCAAGGAGAUAAAGGGCAUUCCAAAUCCUGACAAGAACGCAAGCAACUCCAGCAAUGCCACCGGAGGUUUCGGCGAGCUUGGGAGGAACUUUGAGUUCAUGAUGCUGAAGUUGGCUCAGCUUGAGACGUUGUGCGAGUUGCAACAGGUCGAAAUCGAGUCAUUGAAGAAGACCGUGAAAGGGCUGGCUGAACAUGUGGAUCACGAGGACAGCGUGGUGUCCAUGGUGCAGAAAGACGAGGGCACUAGACUCCAAGAGGCCCAGCACGCCCUGAAAAGGGUGCUUACCAAGCAUGUUCACCAGCGCGCGACCAAGGAAUUCCAUCCGAAGCCUCCUAGUGCAGGCCGCCCCGAAGCCAAACCCGACGUGCAAAAGGCCGCAGAAGACAGGUCGGGGCACACAGGCCCGUUGAAGGAAGCCGCGCGUCGGGCGGAGCUGCUCCUGAAGCGCAAGACCACGAAAGCUGAUGCGGCAUCCUUGGACAGCUCGCUGUCCAACAAAGACCCCGUGGAGUUGGCAAAGGAUCUGGUCGAGGCAAGGACAGGGGAUGCCAAGAGCCUGGCGGAGAGCACAGCGGAUGCCUACGAAGAUGCCAAAGACAAGGUGGCGUUCAUUGCCCAAACAACGAUUGACACAGUGGAGAUGGCCGUGCAGAUCCUUCUGAAAGGCUUCACCGAUUGGGAUGCGGAUUGCGUCAUCAAAGCGCCAACCACAUACGUUCCAGAGUGGUCUUGGGAGGGGAAGCGUCGCCAGAUUCCAACAAUUGCUCUGGACUUUGGUCGACAGUGGUGCUGGGUAAGCUUAAUGAACUAG